AUGCCUGCUGAGAUGGCUCUGGCCAGUUCAGUUUCCAACAAACCAGUAUCACCAUGCUCCAGAGACGUUUCUACAGCAGGGGUGGACGUGCACCAGAGCAAGCUGGAUUUUUUCUGCAAGCUGGGCUAUGGUAAGCAGGACAUCUGCAAAGUGCUGGACAACCUCGGCCAGGAGGCCCUGGAGGAUGAUGUGCUGAAAGAGCUGAUUCGGAUGGGGAGCAAACCUCAAGCUCUGGAGAGCCAGGCUCAGCCUUCCACACUACAACUUGUUGCCCGUGGGUCAUGCAGCACUACGCCAGGGUCAAAGUGGCUUGGAGAAGAUGACAGUGAUUCUUCUGAUCACUUCAGACCCAUUGUGAUUGAUGGCAGCAAUGUUGCAAUGAGCCAUGGGAACAAAGAGGUAUUCUCCUGCUGGGGGAUCCAGCUGGCAGUGGAUUGGUUUCGAGAAAGGGGGCACACAUACAUCAAAGUUAUUGUCCCACUCUGGAGAAAGGAGCCCCCUCGACAAGACAGUCCCAUUGCUGACCAGCACAUUCUUGAAGAGCUGGAAAAGCAAUCCAUCCUUGUGUACACCCCAUCCCGGAAGGUGAAAGGCAAGAGGGUGGUUUGCUACGAUGAUCGCUACAUAGUGAAGGUGGCUUAUGAGAAAGAUGGAGUCAUUGUUUCCAAUGACCAUUACCGGGAUCUCCAGAACGAAAACCCAGAGUGGAAAUGGUUUAUUGAGCAGCGACUACUCAUGUAUUCUUUUGUCAGUAACAGGUUUAUGCCUCCUGAUGAUCCAUUAGGCCGGCAUGGACCCACUCUUACUAACUUCCUCAGCAAAAAGCCAGUGCUUCCUGAACCAAAGUGGCAGCCUUGUCCCUAUGGUAAGAAAUGCACCUACGGCAAUAAAUGCAAGUUUUACCACCAGGAGAGGGCACACCAAGCUCAGCUCUCGGUUGCUGAUGAGCUCAGGGCCAAAAUAAAGGCCCCGUUCGGGCUGGGGAGAGAGGAGGAGCCGCGCACCCGCUCAGCCCGCGGGCCCGGAGCGCUGCCCGACGCCCGCCCGGGGGAGCUGCCGGGAGCCUGCGGCUGUGCAGGGCCCUCCUGCACACCGGGGUGGCCCCAGGUGAGCUGUGCUGAACAGCCGGACGGCUCCUGGGCCGCUGUCUCCAGCUCGGACCUAUGGCUGGACCAGCGGCUGCGAGACCAGCCCUUCCUGCAGAGGAUGUCGGCGCUGUCCGUCAGUGACAGCCCCUGCAGCUACAGCCGGCUCCUGCACCCCCCUCUGGACAGGGAGGUGACAGACACUCCUCAUCGCUGCCCCGACCUCAGGCUCAACCCGUACUCGCUUCAUCACGCCCACGCCUUGGAUCACACCUGCUUACCAGGAUGCCCGUUCCAGCAGCCCGCGCUCCUGCCUGCGUGGGGCGGGACGCAGCCGGGCCCCGGGGGUGUCCCGGGGGUACAGCAGCCCGCCCGCCGCCCGGCCCGGCCCCGGCAGCACCGGUACCAGCACCAGCACCAGCGCUUCCCCCGCCAGCCCCCGCAGCAGCCCUUUCUGUUAGACUCCAGAAACGGGCUGGGCUUCUUCCAGAAAGCCCAUGCUUACCCUGAUGCCCCUUCCAGUGACAACUGGCCCACCCCCGCUGCAAGGCCCCCCUCUGCCCAGCAAGCAAACCUGGAGAGGGAGCUGUGCUCCCUGUUCCCGUACGGCGAGGUGAACCGCGUCAUGGCUUUGUACCCCGACAUCAAGGAUGUUGCAAGCUUGACUUUACUGAUUCAAAGACACAGAAACUUGUGA